UAAAAGUCUAGUAAAUGGAAAAUUUUUUACCCUUUGACCUUGAACUCUGUCUGUCGCUAUGAAAACUAAAAAAGAAAGGCACAUGUCGUUAGUUACUUACAUCUGAAUUCUCAAAAUUAAACCCAAAAAAUAUCGAAGGAUUCAUGGCGUCGCUGUUGCAAAUUGAGGGCGAUGGCUCGGUGCUGCUCCGAGUCACUCACUCCAACCUCAAAAGCUUCGCCGCCGACAUUCGCUUCUUUCUUCAGAUGAGCGUGGAAGCAGUGAAAGAGAAGCUGUGGAAGAAAUGUGGGACUUCGGUAAAUUCAAUGCGGCUAGAGCUCUUUGAUGAUUUUAAAAAUAAACUUUGUGAUUUAAGUGAUGAUUCAAGGCCUCUCGGUUUCUAUUCUCCACUAGAUGGGUUCCGAAUGCACAUUGUAGAUCUUGAUCCUUCAUCAGUAACCUCUGGAGGAUUGCUUGAAGAUACUUCAUUAGUCGAAAAGUACUCCAUUUCUGAAGAUGAAUACAAUAAACGUUCAGGUACUUUUAGGAAAUUCAAGGAAAAGAUGGCAUCUCAAAAUCCAUUAGCAUUUAGAAAUAAAAUGUCGGAUAACUACAUGGAAGACCUCUGUGCAAAUAUCAAGGUAGGAGACAGAUGUGAAGUUGAACCAGGGGAGAAAAGAGGGGUUGUCAAAUAUGUCGGUCGAGCAGAAGCAUUAGGGCCAGGCUUCUGGAUUGGAGUUCAGUAUGAUGAACCGUUAGGGAAACAUGAUGGCGUUGUGAAAGGAACCCGAUAUUUUCAGUGCCCUCCGCUUUGUGGUGCAAUUGUUAGGCCUGACAAAGUAAAGGUUGGUGACUAUCCUGAACGAAAUCCUUUUGAGGAGGAUGAAAUAUAAUGUGGUCGUGAAAGGGAAAGGAAUAGAAAAGAUCCCAGAAGGGGGAUAAAAGGAUGAUAACUAAAUUUUGCUUUUACCGAGAUACUUCUUGUUUCAUUUUUAUCUUGGGCUAUCCUCCUCGUUUGAUUGCUGAAAAAUACAAAUUGAUUUGUGUUGAGGUUUAUGGAAUCUUUCAAGCUAUGUUUUCCUUUAGUGAUUCACUCUUUUAAGGCCAAAACCAGGCAUGCAAAUAAAGCUCACGUGAAAAGCACCAGCUUUUUCUGUGAUAUUGGAAUAUAAUAUUGAAUCUUUGGUUCAAAGGAUUUUGUACUCACCUUGCGGUAACUGGUGCUUUCAAACACACUGUAUUCAGGAUGUUGAGCCAACAGGUGACUGGUUGUCGUCAUUUAGAAACAUUGUUGGUUCGGGAAGAUUUGGUAGCGCAGGAAAAUAAGAAAGUGGAGAUGCAAACUCUUUGCAGAGAACAGGCCACAUCUUUUACCCUUGUGGCUCAAACCAAUUCCGAUGGUUGUAGUUUAAUGUGAUAUUCAGCAAUUAAGCAACAUUCUGAAUUUGCAAUAUGAAACGACUAACAUGCUGGAAAAGUGAACAAGGUGAUCUCUGAUUCUCUUCUGUCUCUCUCCUUUCAUUUUCAUUAAUGACCAAAAAAAAAAAAAGUAAAUAAAGCAAGAAAUGGAGAAAGUAACAAAGGAAGCUCACAACAAAAUAUUCAUGGAGAGAACCUAGCCUUCAAGCAGAGCAAUCUUGACAGAUUUAGCGUGAACCAGGCCCAGUUUUUAACCCCCUAAAAUUC